UCCCCUUUGUCAGACAACCAGACGAAUUGGAGUUUCAUCAGAUUGGGGAGUUCGGAGGUCAAAGGUAUUAUGUUCUUAGAUUUCUAGUCCUCGUGUUUUUUCCUUUCAAAAUUUUCAUCCUUCAAAUUUUCAUGGCUUCAAAUAAGUAUAAAAAUCGACCAGAAAUUAAUUCAAUUUGAUAAGUUUUUAGCUUCGUCUUAGCAAACUCCGUAAUUUUUGUGAGUUUGGAUCCAAAUAUGCAGGAACUGUCUGUUGGUUUUAUCCAAAAAGCUUGGAGUUUGAAGUGUUUUGUCCCAGUACAGAUAUCAGGCCUUAUUUCGUGAAAUAUUCUUUGGUCGGACAGAUGAUCACGUCACUCAUCCGACCCCCCACACACAGACUCUUACCGCCGGUGAGACGGGAAGAGGGUUGUGUGAGAGGAGUCUUGAUUUUCGUGUAUAUAAUCAGACGGAUGACGUGGUGCACUAAACAACUUAAAAUAUUUUUUCCAAUUUCACGAAGGGAAUUCCAUGCUUGAUAGAGUUCGGGAGAUUUUCGAAUAAGAAAGCAAGGUAGUUAGUGCUCAUGACGUCAGUCUCUGCCGAAUACAAGCCAUGCAAAGUUCUUUACGUCUUUGUAAGAAAAAAUGUGACUUUUACGGUUUUACCAGAGUUUGCUGCUCUUGAUCAUGACGAGACCAGGUACAAGAGAAGGUAAGAAUUUCCACUUCAGGUUUUCAGGACCACAAAUUUGCAGCGUCGCUUCAACGAACAGAUUCAGAAUUGUUUUCCCCAUCUGGGCACGAGGGAAAUUUCGGUAGUAAUGCCUGACUAGGACGACUCUCACUCCAGCUGAAAUCGAGUAGGUCAGAUGGGAUCAAAAUACGUUUUUCUCGUUUGACUACAACCUUGCAUUUGUAGAAAAUUUCAGAUCUGCACAGUGCCUACGUACCUCAUGAGGUGCUGAUUGCAUGGUUAAAGCCACAUGAGUACAAGUAGCAGAAGAUUGUUUCACAAAAAAACACCAAGGCUUGUGGAAUAGUGAGAGAACAGACACAAGGAUAUGGAGCCAGAGGCAACUAUGGAAGCUACCUGCAGCACUCAUGAGGAGUCAAGCACAAAAGAAGAUCACCAUCGUCUGAUUCUAAGUCCGGCGUCACGCUUGUUCCAUUCCCCGCGGUUCAACUGUUACAUCGUUAUUAUCAUGGGAUUCAAGACGAGGAUCGAUUCAAACAUUGUCAAAAAUGGUUUGAAAGUCUUGCACAAUCAUCCUCGCUUCUCUUGCAGGCUGUUGAUGAUUUACAGUUUUCUCUUGUAUAAGGAUGACAGAGGCGGAAAGAAGAGAUGGAUUCAAGUUUCGGUAAAUCAAGAAGACCAUGUUUUUGUUCCAACCUUGAAUUCAAAAAUAGAACAUCCGGAGGAAUUUGUAGAAAACUACAUUUCCAACCUUACUGCAUCACCUCUUGACCUUUCCAAGCCGUUGUGGGAGGUACAUCUCCUCAACGUCAAAACCUCGAACGCAGAAGGGCUUGCAGUGAUCCGGAUGCACCACUCUAUGGGAGAUGGCGCAUCUCUCAUGUCCCUUUUGCUAGCAUGUACUAGAAAAACAUCCGACCCAAAUGCACUGCCUAGUGUUCCCACCCAGAAACGGGCGGAUUCCUCAAGUGAUCUGGGCUGGUUCUGGCGUUUCAUCUUGGCUAUUUGGUAUGGUAUCACACUGAUAGCGAACACUUUGGUCGAUAUAAUGUUGUUUAUAGCAACACUUCUAUUUUUGAACGACACAGAAACUCCUAUCAAAGGUUCAUCUGAUGUUCAUCUAACCACCAAACGCUUCUUGCAUCGGACUGUCAGUAUGAAUCACAUAAAGCAAGUGAAGAAUGCGAUGGGCACGACUGUCAAUGAUGUUGUCUUGGGAGUGACACAAGCGGGUCUCUCGUGCUAUUUGAAUCGCAGAUACGCAGGCCAAAAUGUGAAAGAUGUCGGAACAAAGCAGGAAGGGAGCAAUCUUCCGAAAAAUAUGCACGUCAGAGCUAACAUUCUCGUUAAUUUAAGACCAACUGUUGGGAUCCAGGAUCUGGCUGAUAUGAUGGCUAAGAAGUCCAAGGUCAGGUGGGGUAAUUGUAUAGGUUAUAUCCUUAUCCCCUUCACCAUUGCUCUACAAGAUGACCCGUUGGAUUAUGUUCGCGGAGCCAAAGCUGUCAUUGAUCGGAAAAAACACUCCCUCGAAGCUUUCUUCACAUACCUGACUGCCAAUCUCUUAAUCAAAAUAAUAGGAGCUAAGGCAGCAGGAGUUUUAGCACACAGAAUUAUUUCUCAUUCUACAUUCUCCUUCUCAAACUUGGUUGGUCCCCAGGAAGAAAUUAGUUUUUACGGCCAUCAAAUAACUUUCAUGUCUCCUCACGUUUACGGGCAUCCUCACGCAUUGCAUAUGCAUUGGCAAAGCUACGCGGAUGAAAUGACAGUUUGCUUAACUGUUGAUCCGAAUGUAAUACCUGAUCCUGAGAAGUUGUUGGACGAUUUAGAGGAAUCGCUUAAACUCAUUAGUCACGCUGUCAUGGAAAGAGGGCUCGCCGUGGACGUUGUCUAGCGCGAAAGGUGGCGUGCAGUUUGUCUUUUUUUAGUUAGUUCAUUGGAGCAGCCAUUCUCGUGUUGGGGAGAAUCGUUGAUUUGCUUAGAAUACCGUCACUGUAACAUUCCAGUUGCUCGAAAAUGUUCAUCUCCUUUUGUUGCAUGCUUUGGCUGGAUGUAGUAAAGGGAGAGCUUUGAUCUGUUACAUGUAAAACCAUUACACAGUGAAAUGAAACCUGAAUUUCUUCCCUUUACA